AUGAAUAAUUCCGAAGCAGCAUCUUUAGUUCGUCUCAUAUCUAGAUGCACAAUCAAACCAUACCUCCAUAUUUCCGAGAAAACACCAAAACAACAACCACAGCAACAGCAAAUAUGCCAAUCUACUCCAUGGGAUAUUUCCUUAAUCUCUGCACAAUACAUCCAGUUCGGUCUUCUCUUCUCCAAGCCGCCACUCUCGCCAGCUUUAUCAUCGGUUGGUCAUGAUGUUGGUGAUCAAAAGGUCCAUCCAAAUACCAUCAUUGAUCAACUAAAGAACUCCCUAUCCCAAACAAUUGCUGAGUUCCUUCCUCUUACCGGCCGGUUUGUGACUAAUAAACAUGGCAACUCACCUUCAUACAAUAUUUCAAUAAACCAUACCAAUAACUCGUCUGGAGGUGUCGAAUUCAUACAAGCUGUUGCGCCCGCAGUAACCUUAAACCAUAUCCUUUCCCCACUCUAUGUGCCACCAAUUGUCAGAUCAUUCUUUGCCUCUUAUGAUGAAGGAGAGAUGACAACAAUCAACUACGACGGUCAUACCAUUCCUUUGCUCACGGUACAAAUAACUGAGCUUGUAGAUGGUUAUUUUAUUGGCUGUUCUAUAAAUCAUUCUGUUGUGGACGGAACCUCCUUUUGGCAUUUUUUCCAGAUGUGGGCGGAAACAUGUAGCAAAAAUGAAAAUGAUGUCCGGUUACUAUCGCGACCACCUAUCAUCAAGCGUUGGUUUUUGAAGGAACAUCAAAACGAGGUGGUUGAUGACGAUAAUGAUAUCGCCAACGUUCCUUUAUCCUCUCAUCCUGACGAGCUUAUAAGGAGAUAUCCACCUCCACCUGAUCUUGUAGAAAGGAUCUUCCAUUUCUCAACCAAAUCUAUGUUACAACUAAAAACCCGAGCAAACAACGAGUGUGGAACAAAUAAAAAUAUAUCUGCUUUCCAAGCCCUGAGUGCCCUAGUUUGGAGAUCAUUAGCACGGGCUCGUUGUUUAGAUGAAGAGCAAGAAACAUCUUGCGCGGUGUGCGUUGAUGAUAGAUGGAGAGUGAUGCCUCCACUGUCCUCGGACUCCUUUGGAUGCUACAUCGGCCUGGUGACUGGUAAAAUGAAGACAAAGGAGCUACUUGGUCACAACCUUGGGUCAGCUGCUUUGGUUCUGCACAAGGUUAUAGCUGAUCAUACAGAUGAAAAGAUACGGAGGUGGUUUAGUGACUGGAAGAAAGAACCCAAGAUUGUUCACCUCGGACCGGACUCUGAACGGUCUACUGCUGUCAUUGGAAGUUCACCAAGAUUCGACAUUUAUAGCUGUGAUUUUGGUUGGGGUAAGCCCUUGGCAAUGCGCACUGGUUGGACUUAUAAGUUCAGUGGGAAUGUUUGGGCGAACCCAGGUCGAGAUGGAAAAGGGAGUGUGGAACUCGAAAUCUGUCUCUCUCCAAAAGCCAUGUCUGCACUUGAGUCUGACGAGGAAUUCAUGAACGCAGUUUCAGCACAUCCAGUUUAA